GAGUAUAGUGCACUUUCAGUCAAUGUGACCAUCUCAAAGCAGCUUGGCAAAGUCGGAGAAAACUUCUUCACCAUAACACAACAAAUGGCCGAGGAUAUGGUUAACACUGGCAAAACGUACACUGUGACAUUUCCAAUAUCAUCAGAAGGACGUGACGCGUACUCUGCGUGUAUGCCCGGCAAGAUCAUGCGCGUCAUCAGAUUUUGCAUUCAAUACGAGGGAAUAUUUUCAAUUGUUGUGAGUACUUUACAAGAGAAUCGAAUGAGAUACAUGCAAGAGUUCAGAAAAACGGCGGACGGCACCAACGAGUGUGUACAGUUAUGGCAGGGAAUGGCUUUUGGUAACCAACGAAUUAACGGCCGUAAAAAUGGUGUUGUUGUGAGGAUCAAUGGAAGUAAUGGACUCGAACGAGUCUUUUCUUUUAUCAGUGAUGAACGAGAAAUUGAUAUUCCAGCCACUUUCACGGCAAUUUGUCCAGAAAAUUGUCAUGAAAGUACAGGAAAUGGGGUGUGUUCUUUGUAUGAUAUGAAAUGCAACUGCAACGCAUCUUUUGGAGGAGUUGAUUGCCACAAAUUGUGUUAUUAUAAUGGUGCUUUUCUUGAUGGCGUUGGUAAUAACCAAUGCUAUCAGGGCACAGAUGGAUGUGAUGAUUAUUGCAAAUGCAAAGAUGGAUAUACACUGACUGGCCAUUUAUGUGCAAGUACAACAUGUUCUUCACGUAAUUUUGACUCUUUGAAAAAGGAAUGUGACCCCAAAAGUGAAGGGUGUCAAGCCAAUUGCCAGUGUGAUGCACAGUUUUUCACAUACAAGAGAGGUAUUUGUUAUCCAAACAAUUGUGGAAAUGGAAUAGUUGAAAGUGUUGUAUCUUCUUCUGGGGUUUUACGAUUGGAAGACUGUGACAAUGGGUUGUAUUGUGACUCCACGUGUCAUUGUAUGUCUGGAUACGUUCAAGACAAAUCCAACACAACUCAGUGCAUUCAAGAAAACAAUCCGGCCGGUAUGAUAGUUGGAAUUGUAGUUGGAUGUGUAGUUGCUUUCUCCAUUUUCAUUGCAUGUUUAAUCGCGUUUUUGGUAUACACAUACAACUUUGGUCGUAUCGAUAUUAUGGAGUUCAAAAAACAACAAGAGCCGUAUUAUUUCUACCUUUCUGGUUCUGUCAGCAAAGAACCGAGCAGAGAAAACAAAUAUUUAAUAGAGCCUCUUGCACUUGAUUUUGGAAACUCAAGUUCACUUACAGCAGUAGCAGACACUCGGUAUGAACGAAUAGAAAUUUCAAACAAAAGUAGGAAGAAAUGGAUGAUGGUGAUCUUCCACACACCAAACAACCCAAAGUUCGUGUUCCACUUUGACCCACUCGUUCUACUUGUUCGCCCCAAUCACACAACAACAAUAACAGUAUAUGCCACCAUCAAUUGUACGUGCAAAAUUAAGGAUAUGAAGAUUAACUACACAGUCUGGUUCAGUAACAACAAAACAAAUUUGGAAGAUGUGAGAGACUUGCUCAAAGGAAAGGACUUUGAGUCUUGGUCGCGAUUGGACCAACUUGCAAUGGACAAAAAAAUGAAAGGAAUCAUUUCACAUUACCACUAUUCAUUUGUUAUUAAAACGGAAGUUGCAACGUCGACAUUACUUGAUAUGGAUGAGUUGAAUAUGAGAGAU